UACAUACGGUCGGGUGUGUUACUUGUUGGUUCCCAAGUUUUCUGCCAAUUUUUCGUGUCAGGCGUAUCAUCCAUUAUUGGAAAUAACUCUAAGCCAUAGAGCUACGUUGGAGGUUGCCGCAGUAGAGUUUGCAGCAUACAUUCGACUCCCGUUGUCGUUAAAAACCACAUUUAAAAAAUAAAUUAUUUUAUUAAACUUUGUAAUAUCACUGGAAGGCGCUGGUAAUACUAAUACAACGAAUAGCUAUAAGUAAACAACAGCUGCGCUCUUCUAUCAAACCACAUUGUCGAUAACGAUCAAACAGCUGUCCGAUAUAAUCGUUCAACGUAAAACACAGGGUGUUACGUAUUAGCAAAUGAAUAAUAAGAGAACGCUAUUAUCGAUAUCACCAGAAAACAGUCACAGUACCCCAAAAAAGUAUUCACCAUAUCAAAAAAUGAACAUAAAUAACCAACAAGAUGUUUUUUCGUGGAGUAAGCUGGGCGAUGUGUUGGAUGAUAAGUUGAAAGAUGUGGCCAAAAAAGAGGACCUUACUGCAAUCAAAUAUGAAGUGGAAGAACUUAAACAGGAAAAUUGUAAAUUGAGAGAAGAUAUCAAGAAACUAACAAAUCGCUUAGAAACCUUAGACAGAAAAUCUCGUACUACAAAUAUUGUGGUGAGUGGACUUAGAAGUAGAACUACAUUUACGGCAAAAAAAGAAUUCCUCGACAUCUGCAACAACAAAUUAAACAUCGUAGUUAACAUAUCGUACGCUAGAAUGUUAUCUUCAGGAAAAUCGUUCGUAUUUACACUGGACACCAAUUCCCAAGUGCAAAAUAUUUUAAAUACGAAAGAAAAAUUGCAUGGCCAAUUUAUAUAUAUACAAAAGGAUUAUACUGCUGUCGAACAGUCUACCAGAUACAACCUGCGUCAAGUUGGCAAAAUCGUAUCCCAGCAUAAAAAAGACGUUAAAGUUAGGUUAGGAGAGUUCUGUCUUUUCCUGUUGAAUCUGGUGUGAAACAGGGCUGUAUUCUCAGUCCUGUACUCUUUUCGUUAUACGUGAAUGACCUUCCCUAUAUAUUGCCUGGUGGUGUAAGAGUAGCGGACACUACGGUCAAAGUCUUAUUAUACGCCGAUGACAUUGUGCUAUUAUCUGACUCUCCAUUGGGCUUACAAGAGAUGAUUUAUGAACUUGAGAGGUACUGUUUGUUGUGGAGCUUGAAAGUAAACCUUUCUAAAUCGAAAAUUCUUGUUUUUCGUAGAGGUUCUAGAAUCUCUUCGAAUUUAAGGUGGUGCUUUGGAAAUCAGAAUAUUGAAAUUGUUAAUAGUUACACAUACCUGGGCGUUGAAAUAACUUACAAUUUGUCAUUUAGAAAACACUUACAGAAGAAGCUUGCGGAUUCCAAACUGGCCAUAAAUAGCACAUGGUCGAAGUAUAUAAGUCACCCUAGUAUUGCUAAAACUAAUAAGAUGAAGAUAUUCGAUGCAUGUUCCAGAUCUAUAAUGUUUUACGCUGCACAGGUUUGGGGUUACACAAGGUUUGAUGAUGUAGAGAAGCUCUUUCGCUUUUUUACUAAGAAAAUGCUUUAUUUGCCUAAUAAUACACCAAAUUACAUGUUGUAUCUAGAAACUGGAUUUUCUUCUAUGUUUUGUAACACUCUUAGAAUCCAUUUUAACUACAUUAAUAGAAUAUUGCGACUUAGCUCUCACCGCUUGCCCCGCUUGCUGGCGGAGAAAAUCAUAGAAUUGAAUGCAUUAUGGGCAAAAGAAUGGUCAAAUAUUUGCCAAACCCUACAAUAUAUUCCUGCUAAUGCUACAAAUCCGAUAUGCAUGUAUUCAGACAAAAUAGUAGAAUUACUGAGAAUUCAAGAACAACGUGAAUUUGAAUCAGAUGCAAGAAAUUCACAGUUCCACGAUCUUUAUUCUGUGCUUGAGUAUAAUAUAAUUCCAUUUCAUACUGCUGACUUAUCUUCACGAGCUACUAGCUUAAUCAUUAAAGCUAGAGGUGGUUUACUCGACCUUAACUCGAGAUCAUUCAGAAGUAACACCCAUGGCACUUGUUCUAUGUGUAAUACAGAUCAAGAUGAAAAUACACUUCACUUUAUUGGCGCCUGCCCACUAUACAGAGAAUUUAGAAAAAGUUAUUUCGGAAAAUAUUCCCUUAAUGAGUCCGAAGUAUUAAAUAUAUUAAAUGGCACGAAUAACUCAUCACUAUAUAAAUACAUAGAAAAUUGUACUAAGUAUAGAAAAUUAAUUAUUAA